AAAGUUUUUGUAAAAUAUAAAAAGCGGAACAUUUGAACGCACCAAAAAAAUAAAAAAAAAAUGUUACAAAUUCUAACAAAAUUUUUGAGAUACAAGCAAGUUGCAUUGCUGUUGCAUUUGCAUUGUUGAAGGAUCGAUAAUAAAAACGUCCUGUUUCAAUAUUAUAUAACCCAGCGACAAAAAUUCUUGCCAUGUUAAUCACUUGAUAUUCAUUGUGUGUGUGUUUAUUUUUUCCUCUUUCUGUUCUCUUUUGCAUUUUUGCCCAAAAACACAAUAUUUUUUUUUUAUUUUGCUUUUGGAAUUUACUGUUACGAAACGCUUUUGCAUUUUGGCAAUAAACCUUUUUUGGCCCAUUGAACACACACGAUCAAAAAUCCCAAUAAAAUCAUAAAAUCUUAAAAUUAUUAAAUAUUCAUACAAAUCAUAAUAAUAACGCAACAAAAAUAUAUAUUGUUAUAUCUACCAAAUAGUUGGUUGCCAUUGCGCUGCAACCAAAGUUAAAGGCACCAAGACGGCAUCGCCAACGGCAAUCACCACAAGGACAAAGCCAGCAACGGCAGCAGCGCCCCGUAUCAGGCAAAGACUUCAGCGUAUUGCGCGGCAGGACAAUGCGGAUAUGUGGUCCACUCUGCUGUUGCCACUGCUGCUGCUCCAUUUCAUCUAUAUGCAUGCCGCUCUGGCUAUGGCCACGGCCAGCGGCGGUCUGACUGUAAUCGAGGGCGCCAGCACCAGCAGCAGCACCAGCUCCACCACCACCACCACUAGCACCACCAGCGCCACCAGCAGCAUGGCCCUCUCCACGGCAACCGCUGUGGCCGCCUCUGGUCAGCGGAAGCGGCAUCGCAAGCGGAACAGCAGCUGGUAUGAUUAUCGCAAUUACAACGAGAACACUACCGCGCUCGAGUGGAUGAAUCCUUGCGGCGGCUCCUACUAUACAUCAUCCGCCACAGAGCGACGUCGAGCCCAGCGGCCCAAGCAGAUCUUCAAUCAGUUGAAGCGCGCCGCCGGCACCGAGUACCGCGAGCUGAACAGCACGCAGGAGCAGAAGGGCAUCGAUAUUGGGGACAUGCAAGUGUGGUCGCUCCACAAAUACAACUAUAAAUUUCUGCCCAAACUGAAGCCCAAUUCAACGAUCGCCCUAAAGCGCUGGUACCGCAACAUGCAGACCUAUGUGGCAAGCUUUGCCUAUUUGCGGCGCGUUCAAGUCAAUUGGGAUCGGCAGUUUUUGAAGCGAGAGUCGUCUGUCGCCAAGGAGCUGAAGAAGCUGCUGCUCAGCUCGCGCAGCAUGCUCUGCGAGCUGGAGACGGCGGUAAAUCGCACCUAUCCGGCUCCGGUGGCAGCUCCUGGCCGUGGGGCAGCCAAACAGCGCCGCUUGAUGCAGCUGCCACAGAUCUCGCGCAACGACAUGAACAGGCGGCUCAAGUUGCGCAGCAAGCGUCGACACGGUGCAGCGGCCGAGACAACGACUGAGGCGGCAUCAGCAGAGGCAGCGGCAGCAACUACAAUCGGUGAGGCGGACUCCAUGGACAUGCGCUUUGUGAAGCAUCAUUAUUACGAGUUUCUGCGCACCAUGUGGCAGCUGCUGCGGCGCGACAGCAAACGGGAGCGCCAGCAGCGGCGUCAGCGACGCCAGCGGCGCCAGCAGCGGCAGCGACAGCAGCAGUCGCCGUUGCAACAGCAACAGCACCAGCAGCGACAGCGACAGCGCCAAUGGCAGCAACAGCAGGAACUGCAGCAACAGCAGGAACUGCAGCAACCGCGGCUGCAGCUAUCGCUGGCCAUGGCUGGCAAUCGAAGGGAGUUCAAUGAGGUCUCCAAGCCCCAACUCGAUGUGCCCAGAGGUGUCAACGGGCGGCGCGGCAAGCGCCAGCAGCCGCCGCACUCAGCAUCAGCGUCAACGUCUGCGUCAGCGUCAGCGUCAACGUCAGCAGCAGCAGCAACAGCAGCAGCAAACCAGCGACCACAGCGCCGCGUGCUGCGCACGUGAAAACUCCACAAUAAUAUUAUGUAUAUUAAUCCUAAAUGCAACCCUUAGCUCGCCUAGUUUAAGUAAAUUAUUUGAUGGAGUUUGCAAACAA